AAGAUCAUGAACUUUCAGAUCAAAUAAGUGUUAGAUUAAAUCUUACAUGUGAUUCUCCUAUUGAGUGUACAUAUUAUUCAUGGCAACUUAAAAAAUUUGAUAUUUGCUACUGGUGUGGAGAACCUGAAAAUCUUUUAGAACCCUUAGAUACACUAAAGGCUGAAUGGAAAACUAUAUAUCCAUUAUGUGAAUUUUAUAAAAAUAAUGGAAAACAUGGUACAAAAGAGCACAAAAAAAAUUUAUUCCAUUAA